AUGGCUGGCCGUGUCUUCCUCUGCGCUGUUGUGGGGGUAUACUUCCUGAUUUACACUGCGGGGUGUCUCAACUAUCUAUGCAAGGUUUGGAUGCGGCCGAGUGUGUCUGCCCCUGGGUGGGUGUUGGCGCUGUGUCGUGAGCUGUCUCUCCCCUGCGUCUGCAAUGGCUAUGGUUUGUUUUCUGUGGUUACGACUGGGCGUUUGGAGCUUGUGUUAGAGGAGCUGCAGCAGACAGCAGAGCAGCGGCCGCAGUGGAGAGAAAUAUCUCUUCCUUAUAAACCAGGCGACGUGAACACGCCCCCGCCUUGGUUGUUAUGGGGUCACUUCCCGCGUUUGGAUUGGCGUCUCUGGUUUAUCCCUUUGCGGCUCAAGUCGGCUCUGAAGGGUGCUGUUGCGGGGCUGCCGCUGCAGCAGCAGCAGCAGCAGCAGCAGCUGCUGCUGCAGCAGCAGCAGCAGCAGCAGCAGCAGCAGGUGCAACAGCUCUCUCUACAUGCCUCAGCUGGAGACACUGACGACCCCCUGCACCUCUACCCCACCUUCUGGCGGCCCUUCAUUCAUCAGCUCAGCAGCAGACAGCCCGCGCUGCUGCAGCUCCUGGGGGCACAGGGGGAGGUGCUGAAGCAGCUGCCGCCGCCUCUGGCUGUGCGUGUGUCUCUCUACGACUACCGCAUGACACCGCCAGAGGGUGUCCCCGCCUAUGCAGCUUUCUUCCCUGAAGGCUGGACGCACCUCACGCAGCAGGAGAUCGUCAAACUCGAGAAGGACCUGGUCCAGUGGACCAUUGGUCCAUGGUGGAUGCGGCGGAAGCAGCACGAGCUCGACGUCUUUGUCUUCUCGCGCAACUGCCCCCCAAUAGAAGAAAUAGCUCAGUACUAA